GUUAUCAUAAUUGAUGGAGCAUUCGUUCUUCGGCUUGAGUGGUGUAGGUGGUCCCUGUCGCCAUGGCGUCACCAACAACACUCUUCAAUAAUUUAGUUCAAGAAGAAGAAAAUUGCUACAUUGAUACUGUGUCGACGGCCUACCUUUGGAUGGAAGUGGUGUUCGGCCUCAACAGGCUGGUCUUAUCCCUUAAAAUAAAACAGAUUUUUAUUUUAUUGGCAUCUGCGUACAGUAUUUUUUGGUGUGCUAUUGUAUUUUACGACGCAUUCUUUUUUUUCCCUGUGUUCAUAGACCACCUUGACACAGGCAUAGAUUCUGUACACUAUCUAUUGGGUGUCGUACUGAGUUCAAUAGUUUGGAAGCGAUUACAGCAUUAUUAUUUGAAGUUACAGGAUUUUGACACGACGAUCGGUUGCAGACCAAAAAUAUCAUCGUCAUCGGUGGAAAACUUAAUUUUGAUGUGUAUUGCGGUAUCUCUGUCGAUUCUUAUUGUACCGUAUUCAUGGUACAUGUACGACAAACUUGUCGUUUCACUGAUGCUGUUGCCGGUGCGUCCUCUAUUUCUAAUUGAGAUUCAUUUCUACGGACACCUGCUGAGCCUGCUUGUUCCUCGGCUCCGACUGAUCAAUUAUUAUAUGAAAAUGUCAUUGAGCCACCACAAUAAAUCUCAAAAUUGUCAAAUGAAGAAAUUGAUGGACCUUUACUGUAUGAUAAUCAACGCGUACGACAUACUCAUUGAUGCUAUCAAAUGGCAGAAACCUUUCUACAACGUUGCGAUAGAGUCAGCGUUCCACUGUAUCCGGCUGUUUCCGCUGUUCGCUCCGUGCGUCUUCGCCGACCAGAUCCAGGAGGAGGUGCGCCGCUUGAGGGAGCUGCUGGCUUCUAGACUCUACGAGAACAAACUAGACAAGCCGGGUCGUAGCGUGGCGCGGGCGCUGCUUUCUCUGACGGAGGCGCGCGACUUGUCCUUCUCGCUGCUGCAAAUUUUCGAUAUCGACAUCUCUCUCCCUUUCAAGUUCAUGGGACUGCUCUUGACUUACCUUAUCAUACUGUUACAGUUCGAAAAAGUUAUCAACCCUUGA